AAAUACGCUUCCUUUUUAAACCCUAAUUUUCUCUCUACUCGAAUUUUAUUUUUCUCGAGAAACAAUCACUCCCUUCUGAUCUCCAAUUCCCUUCAAAUUUCAACCAACCCUAAUCAAUCAUUCCUUAUUCUUUCAACAUUUUAAAUCAAAUCUCGUUAUUAACAUCUUGAUCUCAGUGUUCUUUAAAAAAUUCGUAUAUUCGUCGAUUCAACUUUUUCGAUUUCGAUUUUGGUGGUGAAAUGGUGGGUGGAGGUAGCAGGAGAGACGAAGGAUCAUUAGUGAUCACCAACACGAACGUGUUCGCUGCUCUCGAAACUCUCCGGAAGAAGAAGAAAUCCGACAAGGACCGGCGGUCGAAGAAAUCUUCUUCCAAGUCUGAAAAACAACAACAGAAGUCGCAACAAGAAGCCGAGUCUCAGGUGUUUUGGGCUCCGGCACCUCUCACCGUCAAAUCGUGGGCCGAUGUUGAUGAUGAAGACGAUGACGAUUAUUAUGCUACCACUGCUCCACCUCAGUCCGUUUGGGGAUCCUCGGAACCUUCUCAGAGUCACGAAGAGAAGACAACUAAUGUAGAGGACAGUGAGAGUGAAGAAGAUAUUUUAGAUGAAGGAGAUGAUGAUAUAGAGGAAGAUCAUGAACAUGAACCGGAAAUUCAAGUACAUCCAGAGCCUGUGCUAAAAAAGGAUCCUGAAAUUCCUGCACCGCCCAAAGAGGCAGAAAGACAACUUUCAAAGAAAGAGAGGAAGAAAAAAGAACUCGAAGAGUUGGAGGCUCUUCUUGCUGAUUUUGGAGUCACACAGAAGGAAAACAACAGCAAUGACGAGUCGCGUGAUGUUGCACAAGAAAAGAAAGGAGGAGAGGGAGAAAAGAAAGAUAAUCCACCCGGAGAGUCUAAAAGUGCCAAGAAGAAGAAAAAGAAGGAUAAAUCAAAGGAAGGAAAAGAAUCACAAGAUCAACCUACUAGUGCAGACACUACCAAUGGGCCAGAUGACUUUGCCGGGACCGAGCAAACUGAGGAGGAUGUAGCUGCUGUUGAUGUGAAAGAGCGGCUAAAGAAGGUGGCAUCUAUGAAGAAGAAGAAAUCUAGUAAAGAGAUGGACGCUGCUGCAAAAGCUGCUGCACAAGAGGCUGCUGCAAGGAGUGCGAAGCUUGCUGCUGCAAAGAAGAAAGAGAAGAACCGUUACAACCAACAGCCUGUACGGUAAAAUCACCUUUUUUGUUUGACAUACAUACGUAUAUGAACAUGUCUUUCUUGUUGUUCAUAUGACAAUGCGAAAAUAAACAGUCGGGGUUUGCUUCCUUAGAAAAAUGACCAUGUAGUUGUAUUUGAGGGCACUGUUGGACUAAACGAAAGUUUUAGGUUUUAUAGCUUUUUGGUUCGUAUUGUUUGCUCUUUUUAUCAUUGAACACAUUGUUAUGGCAGUUUUGUUUGCUAAAAAGUUCUUCAUCAGACAACAGCUGAACUUAAAA